AUGGUGAUUUUACAGGUGAUGUCGAAUCUCACCACCACCUGUCAUGAUGGGCUGAUCCUGCCUGCAUUGGCUGUUUCUCCAGAAAAUGCUAUCCUGUACCUUAUUGGUCUUUUAUACAGUUUCCUUGGUAUUUCCAUUGCAGCUGAUGUGUUUAUGUGUUCCAUAGAGAAAAUCACCAACACCACAAGAAAAGUUCGCAAGCAUACCGAAAAAGGUGUAUUGAUAGCUGGCAAUCUUCCAGAGGAUGAGGAGUACGAAGAAGUGAAAGUGUGGAAUCCAACAGUGGCAAAUUUAACACUGAUGGCUCUCGGAAGUAGCGCUCCAGAAAUUUUGCUCUCUAUUAUUGAAAUCGUAGGAAGCGGUUUCCGAGCUGGUGAACUAGGUCCGGGAACGAUUGUUGGCUCUGCUGCAUUCAAUUUGUUUUGUAUUUCUGCCAUCUGCGUCAUGUCUGUCGCUUCACCAACUGUAAAGCGUAUCCAAAUGUUCAACGUUUUCCUUGUAACGGCGUUCUUUGGAACCUUUGCUUAUAUCUGGUUGCUGAUUCUUACUAUUUCCUCGCCGGAUAUUGUUGAAGUCUGGGAGGCGGCUGUCACUCUAUUCCUCUUCGUCGUCCUUGUAAUCGUCGCAUACUGUGCCGAUGUUGAGAUUUGGAAGAGCAACAAGGCAAAUCUAGAAGAUGAACUAGAGAUGGCUGAUCAGAAGAAAGUCGAGAACAACUUGGAUGCAAAUAUCAAACGCUACGCAAGCCAACUAAGUCUGCGGCACGAUGGCUCAGUGGACGUUGGGCGAUUAUAUCCAUCGCUGUCAGUAGAGGAUCAAGCGAAAAUUCUCGCUUACGAACUGAAUAAGAAGACGCCGCGGGAUCGUCUGUUUUACCGUAUUCGAGCAGCACGAAUUCUAAGCUCAGCUUUAAAGAAGAGUGAGAUCGAUUUGAUGAAAUAUGGCGGUGUUACCACGACCGAUGGAAGAAGAAAACCGCGUGUCGAAUUUUCAGCCAGAGUCUAUGCUAUCGAGCCCACAGACAAGAAAGUUACCCUAACGAUAGUUCGACAUGGACCGUGCUCAAAUCAAAUAACCGUGAAUUACUGCACGCAGAGCGGUGUCGCUAAAAAGCAUCUGCACUUUCUGCCAAAAUCUGAGACAAUCAUAAUGGCAGCCGACGAGAAGACAAGAGAUGUCUUCGUAGAGCUUGUGGAUGGAGCCGAUUGGCGUCCGAAUCAUGUUUUCUAUGUGAAUUUGAAGAUACAGGACCAACCAGAAGGCGAUAAAACCAAACUCGGCACUUGUGAUGUGGCCCGAGUACGGUAUCCUGACGAUGCAGCACUGCUGAUGGGAGUGCCUGUGGUGGAAUUUGUGAACAUGAGUUAUGUCGCCAAGGAAAACUGUGGUUGGGCGCGUGUUUUCGUAACACGAAGAGGCAAAAAACAUCAUGGUGACAAUGUCGUACAUUACGAAACAACUGAUAUAACUGCACAAGCAAAUCACGACUACACACCAGUGAAAGAUGGCCGAUUGAUGUUUAAAGGGCAAGAGUAUGAGAAGUACAUCGACAUCGAAAUCAUUGACGAUAAACACGAUGAGAAAGAUGAGACGUUUAACAUUGAGCUUACUUCUGUAGAAGAUGACGUUACUCUGGGCAAAAAUCGUCGUGCAAUCAUCACAAUCGUCUCAGACGACAAUGUGUUGAUGAACAUCGUCAACGUUCACAAACUUGUCGGGCACUAUAUGGAGAAGAUCGUACCGUAUAAGACGUCUUGGAUGGACCAGAUUCGUGAGGCGAUGUCGGUGAAUGCUGGUGAGACAUCAAAUGCAACUCUAUGUGAUUGUAUACUUCAUGGAAUUGCAUUUCCAUGGAAGUUUAUUUUCUGUUUCGUGCCUCCUCCGGCGAUCCUUGGCGGAUGGCUGUGUUUUAUAGUUGGUCUGGCACUUAUUGGUCUGCUCACCGCCAUUGUUGGUGAUCUGGCUUCAAUCUUUGGUUGUAUGGUCGGUUUAAAGGACGCGGUCACUGCUAUCACUCUUGUCGCUCUCGGUACCAGUUUGCCAGAUACCUUUGCUUCAAAAAUCGCUGCUCAAAACGACGACUCGGCCGACAAUGCAGUGGGAAAUGUGACAGGAUCAAAUUCAGUGAAUGUAUUCCUCGGUCUUGGAUUACCUUGGUUUAUUGCUGCUGUCUACUGGGCAAGCAAGGGGGAAAGUUUCAAUGUUCCAGCCGCUGAUCUUGGUUUCAGUGUGACUGUAUUCAUGUGUUGCUCUGUUAUGUUUUUGGCCGUUUUGAUGCUAAGGCGAACGUCAAAGCUAUUUGGCCAAGCCGAACUUGGUGGUCCAUUCGGGCCAAAAGCUGUCUCUGGAUUCUUCUUCUUCCUUUUAUGGAUCGUUUAUAUCUCACUGUCGAUUUGGAAUAACUAUAGAAAUUGA